UGGUCAAACAAUGCCUUUGAACACGUGGCGACAACAAAAACUGCAUGCUUAACAAAGAAACAUUGGGCGACGUGUGGCAUUUGCAAUUAGCAAUCCAUAAACCCCUUAGUUUCGUCCGGGACAACGAACGGCAGCUGUGUCGUGGAUUGUAAUUAUAACAUUCGUGCACAUUCGAUGCUGCUAUCACAACGCUUCGCAUAGUGACAGUGAAAGCAUCUCGCUGCGGAACUCAAAAAUUAACUUGAUUAUCGAAACACAUUUCGCAGCCUGGCAAAGUAGUCGCAUUGAAAAGAAGUAUUUUCUAGUUGGCGCUUUCAUCGUGGGGUUUAAAGGAAUUUCAUCUCGCGCGGUACCUGCUACAAUCCAUCAUGCCCAAAGCAUUCCUUGUGAAGAAAUUCAAGACAACAACAAAAUGGUCAACGCACGCGGCAAAGAUCGACAAAACUCUACUGCGAGAAAUUCAACGAGGCGGCAGUGGAGUCGAGUUUCGCGUCAAAACUAUAAAGAUGAAAAAGAAAUCAACAAUUCCUGAAACGAAAUUCACAGGAAAAGAGAUCUUUUACGGCAGAGAAAAGCAAACAUGUCGCCCGGCAGCCGCCGAGAUACAUUAUUCCACUGCAUCUUUUCAAAGCUGUUUGGAUGCCUUAAAGAAUCAAGCAAAAUGCUACAAAGAUGAUGGUGAGAAAAGGGUCAAAUUCGAUGGAAAAGGAACACGAAAUUCAACGACCAAUUCAAGCCGACCGCUAAUUGUGCCCAACGAGAAGUUUGAAUUCCCCAAACCAAAUGGUCCUUUGCCGCAGUCUCAGUAUAUAUGUCAACUUUGUAAAGAAGUGUAUCCUGACCCGUUCGCGUUGGCACAGCAUCGUUGUUCCGGAAUCAAACACACAGAAUAUCGUUGCCCAGAAUGCGACAAAGUGUUCAGUUGUCCUGCAAAUCUCGCCUCUCACCGACGCUGGCAUCGGCCGCGUUCGCCAGGGCAAACAACGAAGAAGCCAAACGCCGUAGUCGAACCGUUGCUUCUCGACACCGGCGAAGCUGAUCGUAAAACGAAAUCGUCGCACUCCCCGGACUCGAUAACUGAGCUGACGUUGAACAAUAACUCGGAAUACAUUUGUGAGAUUUGUCACAAGACAUGCCGAAGGAAAAGCUACCUGCAAAAGCACAUGAACAGUCAUAAUAAGGAGCGACCAUAUCCAUGUCAAUAUUGUGGUAAGCUUUUCCGUAGUCUAACAAACCGGGCAAAACAUGUCUUACAACAUGCGGCCGGCAAUGGGAUUUUCGCAUGUCAGAUUUGUAACGAAACAUUCUCGGACAGGGAACAUCUUGAUAAGCACGAGCAUGUUCACAAAACAUUUGCUUGUGCGAAUUGUGAAUCGACGUUUCCAAGUGCGCCUGGUCUUGCCAAACAUGCAUCGAAAUGCCAAGACCCCACCUCGAAAAGACUCAACAUUCUGGUUCAAGUUUAAUAGAUUAUGAAACUUUUUUAGAUCCAGCAGUUAAUUGUGACUUUUUAUUGUUGUGUAGAACGUUUGGGCCAGAAUAUUUGUAACAAUAGUGUAGCAAUUUAGGUUAGACUAUAGUUCUAAUGAGUUAUUUGUCCGCACGGGGAGACAUUUAUUAUUGCAUUAUAACUUUAAAUAUAUCGAUAUAGGAAAGAGAAGAAUAUUAUUCAAAUACUAUUAAUAUAGCUUAUAGUUUAUAAGUCUUAUUGGGGAAAAACGGGGACCAAAUUUGUAUCAAAACAUUGGAAUCUUUAGCGAGCCUAUUUUUAUUGAGGUUCUUUAAAACAUAUUUACUACUCUGGUUUAUUUUGUCGGAGCUAGUCGGUGCAAAUAUUUCGCCUUGUCGUUGGAUGAAGUAUUGGAUAUGUUGAU